AUGGAUGUGCCCUAUGUCAAGGUGGCUCCAGAGGACAUUCUGAAGGUUCAGUUCCCUCGCUUCACCACUCUGGACAUGAGGCCGACCAACACGGACAUCAGCCUGGCUGUGGCCGGCCUUCUCACCUUCUUUAACAGCACCACCUCCUGCCUCAUCUGUGCACAGGCUGACUGCUUAUUGAACCUGGAGCAGCUCCUCAGGCAGUUCCUCAUCUCCAAGGAGACUUUGUCAGUGCGCAUGCUUGAUGACAGCAAUGACCCGACCCCACUCCUGAAGGAGAUACGAGAUGACAAGACUGCCACUAUUAUAGUCGAUGCCAACGCCACCAUGUCACACAUCAUUUUGGAACGGGCAUCAGAGCUGGGGAUGCUGUCAGUCUACUACACUUACAUCUUCACCUCUCUGGAAUUCUCUCUACUUCGACUGGACGACGUGGUGGAGCAACAAGUCAACAUAGUUGGAUUUUCAGUCUUCAACCAAACUCAUCCCUUCUUCCAGGAUUUUGUGUUAAGCCUCAACCGCUCCUGGCAAGAGAACUGUGACCAUGCACCCUUCGCUGGCACCCCACUCUCCUCAGCCCUGCUCUUUGAUGCAGUAUACGCGGUGGUGGCGGCCGUCCAGGAGCUGAACCGUAGCCAAAAUGUUGGCGCCACCCAGCUCUCCUGCAAGUCCUCCAAGAUUUGGGAGCACGGCACCAGCCUGAUGAAUUACCUGAGGAUGGUAGAAUUGGAAGGUCUAACGGGCCACAUUGAAUUCAACAGCAAAGGUCAGAGGUCUAACUACAUCCUGAGGAUCAUGCAGAACAGCAAAGAUGGCCUAAGGCAGAUUGGCCUGUGGCACUCUGAAGGUGGACUGUCCAUGGAGAGAAAGCUUCCAUCAAUCAACGUGACGGACACACUCUUCAACACUACUCUUACCAUCACGACAAUAUUAGAGAAUCCAUAUGUGAUGCUGCGGCCAAACCACCAAGAACUUGAGGGAAAUGAUCGCUACGAAGGCUUCUGUGUGGACAUGCUGAAAGAGCUAGCAGAUAUUCUCAAGUUCAAGUAUCGAAUCCGGUUGGUGGGGGACGGACUGUACGGGGUUCCCGGGGCCAACGGAUCGUGGACCGGCAUGGUGGGAGAGCUAAUCUCACGGAAAGCUGAUCUGGCAGUUGCAGGCCUCACCAUCACAGCAGAGCGUGAAAAGGUCAUCGACUUUUCCAAGCCCUACAUGACCCUCGGCAUCAGCAUCAUGUACCGCGUCCACCUGGGACGUAGGCCAGGCUACUUCUCCUUUCUGGAUCCAUUCUCCCCUGGUGUCUGGCUCUUCAUGCUUCUAGCAUACUUGGCUGUCAGCUGCGUCCUGUUUCUUGUAGCCAGAUUGACACCGUACGAGUGGUACAACCCCCACCCCUGUUUAAAGGGUCGCUGUAACCUGCUGAUCAACCAAUACUCACUUGGCAACAGUUUCUGGUUCCCUGUUGGAGGCUUCAUGCAGCAAGGAUCCACCAUCGCUCCCAGAGCUUUGUCCACACGUUGUGUCAGUGGAGUGUGGUGGGCCUUCACAUUAAUCAUCAUCUCAUCCUACACCGCCAACCUGGCUGCCUUCCUAACAGUCCAGAGGAUGGAGGUGCCAAUUGAGUCAGUCGACGACCUUGCAGAUCAGACGGCUAUAGAGUACGGCACCAUGCACGGAGGAUCCACUAUGACCUUCUUCCAGAACUCUCGCUACCAGACCUACCAGAGGAUGUGGAACUUCAUGCACUCAAAACAGCCCAGUGUUUUUGUAAAGAGCACGGAGGAGGGCAUCGCCCGUGUCCUCAACUCCAACUAUGCUUACCUGCUAGAGAGCACCAUGAACGAGUACUACCGUCAGAGGAACUGCAACCUGACUCAGAUUGGAGGACUGCUGGAUACGAAGGGCUACGGCAUCGGCAUGCCACCGGGGUCUGUGUACCGUGAUGAGUUUGACCUGGCCAUCCUCAAAAUACAGGAAGACAAUCGUUUGGAAAUCCUCAAGAGGAAGUGGUGGGACGGUGGCAAGUGUCCAAAAGAGGAGGACCACCGUGCCAAAGGUCUGGGCAUGGAGAAUAUCGGCGGUAUCUUCGUGGUGCUGGUGUGUGGCCUGCUGGUGGCUAUCUUCAUGGCAGUGCUAGAAUUUGUCUGGAUGUUAAGACAGGCUCCAGGAAAUGAGCAGUCAGUGUGUGAGGAGAUGCUGCGGGAGCUCCACGGGAUCGUCAUGUGCCGCGACAGCCUGCAGGUGAGGCGCAGGCGGGCGGCUUCGACGCUGCGGCCGCGGCCCCUUCCCCUGGAGGAGCGUCGUGCUCGAGCAGCCGCUGUCAGCCUCAGCAACGGCAAGCUGUGCGGGGGGACCGGACUACCUGAGCCUCUCUCCCACAGACUGGCACAGGAGGCUGCCUUGGUUGCGAGAGGCUGCAGUCACAUUCGCAUUUGCCCCGAUUGCCGGCGCUUCCAGGGACUGAGGAUGCAUCCUGGAGGGGCCAUUGGGGCCCUCCCUUCUCCCACGCACAGUGAGGAGAGCAUAGAGUGGGACAAAACCACAAAUAGCAGUGAACCUGAAUAACGCCCCGGGAAUCCCAGCAGGAAUGACUUUCACAGCAGCCACCUCUCUACUUUCCAGGGAUCAAAGUUCAAUUGGUAUUUUGAUUCAGCCAUGCAGAACUUGAUCUUAAAGGGCAUGGCAGUGCUGUGAACUUUCCGCCCAUGAGGCAGAAGCUAGUAGUCUCCUUGGGUGAAUGUUUUCCACGGUCACAGGAGAAACUGAUGAGUCUGUCUCAUUGUGGUCUGUCCCUGUUGGCCUUCUGUACUGUGUCAGACAGGACGGACAAAAAAGCAACGGGGCAUUUGUACUAUGCAGUA